UUUGUGCAGAGAGGUUGUGUUGUGAUGUCCGAGGCACUGGUCGAGAUUCCCCGCAGCGAUUGGGUAAAGCUGAGAGAAUUGUAUACCCACAGAGACACCGAUCCCCUGGGCUAUCCAUGCAUUAAUAAUUUCAUACAGUGGGUGGAAAAAGACCCUAGUCUGAAGGUCAAGUUCUUAUCGCUAAAUGGUGACUGGCAGAAAGAUGGAACCUUUAUUUUGACUUGGCACAGGGAUGUCGGGCUUAACCACCUCUACUUCAACACCCUCAGUGAGAAUUUAGACACCAUAACAAAGGCUCUCGAAGUCUUAAAGCCUCUGGAAAAUGAAUACAUAUUCUUUGGCUUUGCCUCUCGUUUUAAGCCUGUAGUCGAACAUAUAGGCAAGAAGUUUUACACCAAAGAACUCUUUGUUGUUGGCACAGUUUGGUAUAAGGCCAGCAAGGAGCUCGUGGAUACUUUUACUUUUGAGGUCCCACCAGGCCUUACUCUGGGAAAUCUGUCUGUUAAAGAUGCCGAAACUAUAAAUGAAAUCUGGCCGCAUCGUGCCCCUGGAUCCGUACAUUUUGUAAGAAAUUUAAUCCAACUUAAUGUUAAUACGGGAGCCUACGAUGAGAAUGGCAAAUUGGUGGCCUGGUGUUUAAGAUUGCCAAUUGGUUCUUUGGGCCUGCUGCAAGUUUUAGACUCUCAUAAACGUAUGGGUCUGGGCCAACUGAUGGUCAAGUCCCUGUCCAAGAAGAUUUCGGCUCUGGGCGAUCAAGUUCUGUCUCCUGUAGUCCACAAGAACACAGCUUCUAGGAAUAUGUUUGAGAAAAUCGGUUUCCAAGCUAUCGACACAGUUUACUGGGCUGAUUGAGGAAUUUAUUCAUUUAAAAAUGCAGUAUUCAUAGCCAACAAAAAAUUAACACAAAAAAAAAAAAUACUAAUAAUAAAACAGAAAUGAAAUUUA